AGUCGUGUCACGAGAAAAGGAAAGAGAAAGAGAAAGAGAGACAGAGAGAAAUCGUUCUUGGUUUCGCGAUUUUUUGAUUUUCGCAGUUUUUUGUUUUUGUUUUUUUUUUUUCGUCAUCAUUGUCAUCGCCGUCACCGUCGUCGUCAACGUUGUAUGCAUCUCCCGCGGAUCAUCUAGUCGCAUUCAUCUUCUCUUCUUUCUUCCUUUUGCUCCUUCACGACAUGGAUGCCUCAGUACGUCAUCAGAUAUACCUCCUCCUGAUAGUCAGCAUUGGACUGGCGUAUUGCGAGCCACCAUUGAGUAAUCAGUACGGUUACCCUGGAGAAGGUAACAACGGAAAUUUCGUCGGUGGCAACAACGGAAAUUUCGGUGGUGGCAACAGCAAUUAUAGACCCCACGAUGGCGGUCACUCUUACGAUGACGGACACAAUGACAAUCAGGAUUACGUCGAUAAUUACCCAAAAUCGUACGAGUUCGGUUAUGCGAUAAAAGACGCUGCUACAGGUAACGACUUUGGUCGUCGUGAGACGAGUGACGGUGAAACAGUUCGUGGAGAAUACAGAGUACAGCUUCCUGAUGGUAGAACGCAGAUUGUGACGUAUACCGCCGACUGGAGAACUGGCUUUCACGCAGAUGUGAGAUAUGAAGGCACUGCGACUUAUCCCGAUCAGUAUAAUACACAGAACAAUGGUUAUAACAAUAACAAUAAUAAUAACAAUCAAGGCUACGACUUUCAAGGGAACAGCAUAAAUAAUGGAUAUAACGGAGGUAAUAAUGCUGGCUACAAUAAUAAUAAUAAUAAUAACGGAGGUAGCAAUUACAAUCAGAAUAGCUAUCAAUUUGGCUCGAAUGCACUGGACAAUAAUUAUAACUUUGGUGACGUUACGCGGAACACUUAUAAACCACCAGUUUAUGGUCCACCAGUUGGAUAAAUAUAAACAAAAGACCAUUAUAACUGUAUAAAAUUUUUACCUUUUUUUUUUAAUAAAUAAAUGUUUCCUUAAUUCUCGA